UGUCUACCCACCAUGCCAGCGUACACGCAUAGUGUCAAUAAAUUAUAUAGGCCUCGAUCUCCAAGUAACUUCAAAACUCGCGUCGAUUUGUCGUGUGUGUGUCGUGUUUGCUCGCGAUACCUCGAGAAAUCUCUUAUUCAGUCUUGGGCGUGAAAAGAAAGUGUUUUAUUCAAAUGAUCCAGUCCUAAAUGCAACCGUAUUCUAGUUGUCGACGAGAUUUAGGAUACAUAAAGCCCGGGACUUAAAGCCAGGGUUUUUUUUAUCCCCACCAUCAUCACCAUCAGCAUCAUCAUCUCGAUCUCUUACGCUAUCAAGCGUCGUUCGCCUGAAGUCGGCCGGAGCGGGAAUUGUUAUGGUUUGCGACAAGUUAAUGAAUACAGCCUUGAACCCAACAGUGUGAGAUAAUCCUUGUAGCAAUAUGUUUAUAGUAUUACCUUUGUAAAGUCCUUUCGGCAUGUGUACAACAAAUCACUGGAAUUAGCCAGGUGCCUCAAACAUCGCGGGGCUUCCGUCAUGUCCGCGUAGACAUGGAGAUGUGCUAAGCUAUCCAUAUUUAAGACAUUCAACAAGUUUCAAGAGUUGCAAUAGACAAUGGUUUCUAACGUUCUUCUUCAAAUUAGAUUCCAUAUACUGAUCUGGCAUGGAUGAACGUUAAUGCUACUCUUAAUGAUCAUUUUCGAGGAUCGGUCGGUUCAGAACUAAACACUCAUCGACCUACCAUAAUGGCUGACAUCGGAUAUCAUGGACAUGUUGGCAAUGAUUUGAAAGGAAGGAACUGAGUCUGGACAGGUAAAUAAAUGCAGCAGGCUCAAUAAGCAGAUCUUUAAGGAAGAGCAAAUCGGCAACUAACGAUAGAAACGGGGAAAACAACAUGUCUUUUUACUCUCAACAUAAAUUCAAGAUACUGUUUACGUUUGCGGGAAUGCUAACGUACUUUUUCAUGGCGUCUUUCACGUGGGAGAGCAACGUCACCCAGCCAAUUCAUCUACCCAGUAGGGCUACCAGUCACAUCAAUAUCAGUUCUUCCGCAAUGGAUUCAUUAAAUCAAGGACGAGACGUCCGAACUAAAUUAAAUGGAAACACAACACGAUCGAACAUUUCCAAGGAAGAAGUAAAGAAGGCUUCAUCUGGUCCCAUCGUAAAGAAGUACGUGGCUGGUAGGGGAGUUAAGUCACGUAAACGUUCAGACAUAGUGGCAGAUCACCUACGACAGGCAAAGCUGACAAGACGGAAAUUUGUAGCGGGACAGGCUAAGUUCCCGAGGACUGCUCCAAAUGUAGAAGUCGGUCAAACUAAUUUGACAAAGCUGUCGAUGGAUUUUCAAGAGUCCAGACUCUAUUUUGAAAGGAUGAUGGCUGAGAACAAAGAACGUGGGAUCCGAGUGCCGGUAAAUUACACGAGAUGGAAUAUCCCUAAGGAUUUAAGAGAACUGGCACCAAGGUUAUUUGACCGAUUCCCGCGAGAGUACCUGCCUGAUUACAAGAGUCCGUGCUGGAGGAUCUCGAACAACACCAACAGCCGGCCUAGGUGCCUCCCAUACUUCUUCAUCGGGGGAUUCCCCAAAUGUGCCACCACUGAUUUAUGGGGCAAGCUAAUGACCCAUCCAUCCAUGGUCAAAACUACCAAAGAACCGCACUGGUGGACAAGAACUCACUUCGAAGGUAAAAUGAUCGACAAUUACAUCCGACGAUAUGAUACUUUAGUGAAAGAAAUGUCUAGUAAACAUCGCAAGGAUCUCAUUACAUGUGACGCAUCUGCAUUGACAUUCCAGGACAACAAGGCAUUGAAAGCUCGCCUGCCCUCAAACUUCGGGGGUGAGCUGAAGUACGUCACCGCUGAUUUCAUCAGGGCCGUCAUCCCCGACCUCAAAUUCGUCGGCAUCAUGCGAGACCCGACGGCGAGACUCUAUUCGGCGUACCUGUACUUUGAGGAGAGCAAGAAGGCGCGCAAAUCACCCGAAGAUUUUCACGUCCGCGUCGUAAAGGCGAUGAAGGAUUUCUACAAUUGUGUCAAAAAGAACGACCUUCAUUUUUGUACAUACAGUCAAGUCAUACCACACAUAAAUACAGGGUGUUAUUCGUUAUUCAUCCGAGAAUAUCUAGCACGGUUUCCUCGGGAUCAAUUUUACUUUGUACGCACAGAAGACUGGUCUAAGUAUCCUGCUCGAUAUAUGAAAGACAUAUUCUCAUUCCUAGAAAUCGAUCCUAUGUCAGAAGCAUUCCGACAAAAGGUGACGAAAGCAGGUAACCUCAAUCGGAGGAAAGUACGCGACAGAGCCCUUGGUCCAAUGUUGCCUAUGACCCGGCAGCUCUUGGACGAGUUCUACCGACCUUGCAACGAAGAUUUAGCCAAACUUCUCAACGAUGAAAAUUACCUAUGGCAUAUAAAGACAUGAAUCAUGUGAAAUCUAGCUGGGGCCCAUUUCACAAAGACCUACAACGAUGGUAAUAAUGGAAACCUUGAUUGUGAUUGGUUGCUGAGCCCUGGUGGGUGUUUCAUAAAGCUGUUCGUAAAGUUAUGCACAACUUUACGCACGACUGGAGCAUGAGCUUAGGUCCUAACUCAAUUACAUAUGGAUACAUCA